GGUGUAGAAACCAGAAGAUGUUCCACUUAACAUUUGCCAAUAAGAAAGGAAAGAGAGAGGACGGAACAAAGAAAAACUGCGUAAGAAAAGGGACGAAGACAAACAGUGUUGAAAGGUCAAAUCUUUACCAAUAACAAUUCAAAAUUAAAUAUGAUCCUAUAAAUUUCCAAAUCUUCUCUUCAAAUGAUUUUCUUUCUCUCGCAAUAAAAGAAUCCAAAUUAUAUUCAAUUGCAAAUUAUCCGUUUCUCGCUCCAUUUUCUCCUCUACCUGUAGGAUCUGUUUUUGUCUUCUAUGCCUCUCCGCCACCAUGCCAACCGCCUCUGCCGCACAGACUCACCGUCCUAUGGACCUCUUCUCUCGCCUCUCCUCUCCUGACCUUGAAAUCAAGCUCAAGGCCCUCAGAGAAGUCAAGAACCAGAUCAUCGGUAAUCGCACCAAGAAGCUUUCCUUCCUCAAGCUCGGUGCCGUACCGGUCGUCUCCUCCAUCCUCGCUGCUGCCAUUGACGAAGCUGACUCUCAAUUAGCUGAUGGUGUCAACGUCACAGACAAAAACAGUAACUAUAUUAAUAACAUUAUUGUCCAGUCGGCGGCGGCUAUAGGAAGUUUCGCAUGCGGCUUCGAUGCCGGUGUCCGAGCCGUUCUCGAUGCUGGUACUCUUCCUUACCUAACUCGGCUCCUCUCCAGCUCCGAUGAGAAGGUGGUGGAUGCUGGCGCUCGUUCCCUCCGAAUGAUUUACCAGUCAAAACUAACACCGAAGUAUGAAUUCCUUCAUGAUAAAAAGAUGGAAUUCCUCCUUUCAUUGUUGAACAGUGAGAGUGAAAAUGUUAAUGGUCUUGGUGCGAGUAUAAUCACACAUUCUUGUGAGACAAGUUCAGAGCAGAAGGCAUUAUAUGAUGCUGGUGCUCUAAAGAAGCUUCUUGGCCUCCUUAAAGGUUCUAUGAGUCAGAGAGAUGCUAGUUUGGAGUCUCUUGCUGCAGUAUUUAGGAACAAUCCUGAAAUCAUAUCAAUUUUUUUGGGACCAGAAAGUGGGAGAGCUUUGAGUUCUAUAGUUGGAUUGACAAAGGAUAGGUUUUCCAAGACAAGAUUACUUGCCUGCAUGUGCCUGAUUGUCAUAAGGAAUUCUUCUCCUUGCUAUCUGAAAGAUAUAGGAACCAAAACAAAAUUGGUAUAUCUCUUACUUGAGCUUCUUGAUGAUCCUGGUCAAGUUGGAGAUGAGGCUCCCUUUGUUUUUAAAAGUUUAAUAAUGGAUAAGGAGGAUCUACAGAAAUUAGCUUUUGAGGCAAACGCUCUUGAUAAAUUUUGGGACCACUUACAAAACAGGCAAUUACAUUCUAAGCGCCUGCAAGGCAUAUUGCUGGCAUUGGCUGAUUUAUGCUCAAGGUUGGAGUGCUGCAGAUCUAGAUUCCUGUCAUUGGAGGUUUUGAACUCUGUGACUGAUGCAUUAACCCAUGAUAGUGCUGAUGUACGAGCUGCAGCUUGUAUUUGCAUCAAAAGUGUCGCUCGGUCGAUCAAGAAUUUGUGUGCAGGCUUUUUUAUGAAUGAAAGGCUUGUUAUUCGCUUGGUCCAGCUUUUAAAUGACCCUUUGGUGUCUGUCCAGGUUGCUGCUCUUGGUGCUAUUAGCAAUAUAGUAGUUGAUUUUACAACCAGAAAAUCAACUUUUGUACAAUGUGGAGGUGUAAAACAUCUCAUCCAGUUAUCAAAAUCAAUGGAUUCAACUGUCAGGUCAAAUGCAUUGUGGGCUUUGAAGAACAUGUUGUUUCUGGCAGAUGAUAGAUGUAAAGAAGGGAUUUUUAUGGAGCUCAGUGCUUCUUUGUUAGCAAGCCUUAUACGUGACGAUGACCCUUUUGUUCAAGAACAAGCUCUGGCUCUUGUUCGGAAUCUUAUUGAUGGAUGCAUAAGCUCUAUGGAGUUUGUCUUUGCUGAAAAUGGUAUUAUAUUAGAUGCUGUUGGAAAGCAAUUAGAGAGUGCUUCAAAAGCUGAAAUCGGCAUACAGGGAAUGUACGUGCUUGGGAACAUUGCCAGUGGAAAUGAGUUUCACAAGGAAGCAGUUAUGCACCAACUUGUUCCACAAGUAGACGAUGAAACAAAAUCUUUUAUAAUAAAGUUCUUACAGAGUGAUGACAGCAGAUUGCGUACAGCUGCUGUCUGGGCAGUAGUAAAUCUCACAUUUCCUUCGUGUCCUGGGGCAUUUAAUCGGCUUGUUAAGCUACGGAAUGCUGGUAUAGUACCUCAAAUAAGGAACAUGGUCAAUGAUCCCUGCCUGGAUGUAAAGCUUCGUGUUAGAACAGUACUCAGUCAGGCUAUGACUUUUGGUGAUGGCAUCGCCUGAUCAUUUUGAUUCAUUCCUUUAACCUAGUGCUAUAAUGAGAGAGAAUGGAGUUUAGUUUUGGCCCCCGUAUUUAGCAAGAAAUGUCCAGCAUUUUUUUUCCAGAGACUUCAAACUUUUGAUGCUUCAACCAAGGUGCAACACAUUGCUUCAUUUUUUUGCAGUUGGGGCAGCACAGAAACUUUCUUGUUUUGUGGGCAACAUUGAACAGGUUACCCUCAAAACUUCAUUGCAUUAUACAUACAUUUUGUGUUGAUUUUUGUACGUAACCAAUGAAUUGUUGCUGUAAUACACGGUACAGACUUACAUAUUGAACCAUGUAACACGCAUAGUGCCUGUGAAAAUUUGUACCAUCUAUCUGAUUGUUAAAAAUCAUUGAUAAUUCAUCUAUGUAGUCUUUAAUUCUAUUUCUUGCUUUUAGAGGCUAGCUAUGAACAUCCCAUUGCCUGUCAUCUUGUGAUGAGAACAAUUUUUCUGUGGCAAGGCAAAAUACCAUUGAUGCAAAAUUUAUUCUCAGUGGGUGUGUGGGGGGCGGGGGUCCUCAAGAGAGGCGUAUAGGAUGAAGAAAUCAACGCUAUCUCUUUAUCAAAGAUCCAACAUGGAUAACCCCAGAAAAAAAAGAAAGAUAUCAUUAUUUGCUCAAGCGUAUAUGGAUAAUGUAUUCUAGAUGGUAUUGUCUCAGCUGUUUUUAAGGCCUUUCUUUUUUCUUUUUUAUUUUUCUGCUCUCCUUUUUCUGAUGGUUGGUGGAUAUAUUACCGUUUUUGCAUUAUUCAUAGUUUGUGCUAGAAUACUCAAUAUUGUAAAGGAUUAGAUGCCAGCCUGAUCCUAGGCAGUAACCAAAGUAUGGUUCACAAUCCAAUUCAUGGAAAUUUGUAAAAGCAACAACUCGUAUUUAUUUUUGCGAAUUCAGAGAGAUUUUAUGA